AUGGAUGAGAAUAUCGCAAUCAAAUGCCUUGAAGACUAUGUUGAUCAGAACUGCUGCUGGGGAAAGGGGCCGAUAAACAAGAUGAAAAUUAUUUCAGUCGAGCCUUCGACAGCGUACAAGUAUCGUUUGACGAGCUGGACAGAACUGAGGUACACGGAAUGGUCUUAUGAGCCCUACUACACUGGUGGUUUUGUCGAUGGCCCUGAAAAUGGUCCACAACCAGAUCCUUGGGCAAUCGAGAUAGAUAGGCCAGAAAUGAAGAAACCGAAAGAUGAGAAAUGUCAAGAUGAAAUCGAAUGGAAAGGCAAUGGGAAGGAAAAGGAGAAAAUACCUCAUACUGAGCAUGUUAAGAUUUGCUCGAAAUGCGAUGGCCGAGGAAAAACUAAGGUGCUCGAGUUGUCGUGGAAGUGGGAGAUCCGGUAA